CCGUGGGCGGGAGCGCGCGGCUCGUCGCCGCCGCCGCCGGGCAGCCAGGGACGGCUCGGCGCGGCUCGGCGCAGCUCGGCACGGCUCGGCGCAGCCCGGCACCGCCCGCCGAGCCCCCCGCCCGCCCUCCCCCCACCCCCGCGCCGCCAUGGACGGGGGAGCCUUCGGAGCGGGGAAAGCUGGCGGCGCCUUCGACCCGCAAGCCUUCAUCCGGCAGCCGCAAACCCUCCUGCGGCUCCUCUCCUGGGUGUUCUCCAUUGUGGUGUUUGGCUCCAUUGUCAAUGAAGGGUACGUGAACCGCCUGGACGAAACACAAGAGCACUGCAUUUUCAACCGCAAUCGCAAUGCCUGCAACUAUGGCAUUACCGUGGGUGUCCUCGCCUUCCUCAGCUGCCUUCUUUACCUGGCUCUGGAUGCCUACUUCCCGCAGAUCAGCAGCGUCAAGGACCGCAAGAAGGCAGUGCUCUCGGACAUUGGAGUCUCGGCCUUUUGGGCAUUCCUCUGGUUCGUUGGCUUCUGCUUUCUGACUAACCAGUGGCAAGCUUCAAAAGAAGAGGACAACCCACUGAAUGAGGGAGGGGAUGCAGCCCGAGCAGCCAUCACGUUCUCGUUCUUCUCCAUCUUCACCUGGGUGGGCCAGGCGUUCCUGGCUUAUCAGCGUUUCCAGCUGGGUGCCGAUUCGGCCCUCUUCUCCCAGGACUACAUGGACCCAAGCCAGGACUCCGGCAUGCCUUAUGCUCCCUACACGAAUGAGGAGGAUGCUACAGAUGCGGUGGGGACAUACCAGCAGCCCCCUCCAGCAGAUGCUUUCGACACCGAGACACAGGGGUACCAAACGCAGAACUACUGAGCCACCGAUGCCCCUUUCCCUUCCCCUUUCCCUUCUGCCCCUUUUCCCACCGCCGGCAGAAAGCCGAGGCACAAACCAGACAACGUGCGUUAGUGGCACAAGAGGUGGCUCUCAGCUAUGCUCCAGCCUUCUGGGUCAUCUGUUUUUAUUUAUCGUUUUUAAAAAAGGAAAAAAGAAAGAAAAAAAGGUUUCCCCAUCACCUCUUCCUUCUCCUCCCCCCUAAAACUACCUGCCAGAACCAAAUUCUUCCAAAAUCUGUCACCUCCUUGUGAAAGGAAGGUCCCCCCCUUCCCUCAUCUCCCUCCUGCCUGCUGCAGAGGGCACAGUCUGGCCAGUGGGCAGGAGAGGGGCUACAGUGCCAGCAGGGCAGGGGAGAGGGUACUGGAGGCAGAAAGGAAGGAAUGAGAGGGACUUGGGACCUUUCUAGAAAAGACAGUGUCACUAAAGGCUGGAGUAGAUGCAGGAGCAUCUGAAUUGGGCUGGAGAGCCUGGUGGCUCAGGGAGGGGGAUAGUGUUGGUGUCAGCAUGCAGGAGUGCCAGGGUGGAGGGGGGCCAGAGGGAAGCAGGAAUGGCAUCCCCCACGCAAAGACAGGGGGGCUUUUCUCUGCCACACACUGGCGAAGGAGUGAUGCUUUAUUUUUAGAGGUUUUGGGGAGAAGUGGUAUUGGGGGGUGGGGGGUGGGGGGUGGGGAGCAUGGAGAGAUAAAAUGGGAAGGGCAGAAGGAAGAUUUGCAAGUACAAUCAAAAACUACAGUCAUGUCUGUAGGUUACAGCAAGAGACUGGGCAGAGCAGAGGGUCAGUGCCAGGGGAGUCAUUCCUUCCCCAGCCCCCUUGGAUUGAGGUGGAAGUGAUUCCCCUCACCUGUACGUUCUGCUUGCCACUCUUCUGAGACCAGUGUUUGGCGAGGCAGGAGGGGAGCCAUGCCCAGUCCCUGGCCCCCAGAUGUAGUGCCUGUGGAAGGAAGGGGAAGGAUGGAAGAGGUGGGCUUCUAGGGGGCCCUGUGAGCCCUCGUCUCCAGCUGGGCUGGUUCGAGGGGGAGAGGAGAGCUUUGCCAUUUCACCCUGGGCAGGAGGAGGAAGGAAAGCCAGAUUCACUCCUCAGGUCCUGCUGAACCCUCCUCCAUUCUUCUGCUACCACAGUGCAAAGCCUCUUACUGAUACCAUCUUUGUAGCACACGGGAAUGGAGCGGGCUCCCCCUGGAAAGAAAUACUGCUGCUGGGAUGGCCAGCAUGCGACUGGCUCUUGCACAGGGGUGCAGCCAAGCAGGGAAGGGUCCAGCACUGCGCAGCUCUCCUUUGCCUCCCACUCAGAUGGGGAGGAGGUCUUGGUGUACAGAGAAUUGCUUGGGGCCAGACCGAGCUCUCUGGAAACUGGUGUUGCUGUACUUGCCAUAGAGUAUACCGUAGUGCAUCUUCUGCAGCAGCUCAGAUCCUGGCCGUGUUUAAAGCUUCGCCUAGGUGGCAGUAGUGACUCUCAGAUAGAGCUUGUAUGGACAUUCCACACAUGAUUUUCCUUCAAGUAAAGAAAGAUACAGCUGUGGAAGCACACUCUUCAUUUCAGGACAGAAGUAAGGUCUGUGUGUGAAGAUGGUCCCUAAAGGGAAAUAAUUCAGCAAUAGCCACCUGGACAAUUCUCCCCAGCACAGACAUCUCUCAGAGCACAAAGAGCAGGGUAUGCCUUGCAGCAGUGAGGAGCUCCAUCCCCCAGGCAGCCGCCCCACUCCACCCAACACUGGCCCCAGUAGCAGAGAUCAGGAGCAAAUUCAAGCAUCCAGCCUGCUCCCCGUAGCACCCGUAGGAGUCAGGAUGAUGGGACACAGGUCUGGCCUGUGGUUGCGUGAACAUCUCAUCUGGAGGACACUAAGGUUACCAGUCCUUCCUUUCUUCCCAGCACAACUCCUCUCCAGCUGCCCCACAAUGAUAGGGAAGGGGUAGAAACCAUAGAGCUGCAGGCCCCGAGAGAGAGGGGGGAGUUGUUGUCCACUGUACAGAGGCACCAUUUCUACCUGCUCCUACCAGACUUGUGCUGCCGGUGGCUGUCCUCAUCGCUUGUCCCCAUCAUGGUUUGCCCCCUGCCUUGCUGGUGGUUAACCACUGGUGAGGAUGCGAGAGGGGGACCAGCUAGCCUCAUGGAUGCACCAGAAGGGACUGGGCCCACAUCCCUCACUCUGGCUGCAAGCAAAAGCAAUACUGUAAAUAGGAGAGGUAUUUUUUGGAGGGAAGCUCCUCAGCCUUCUUUUUCUGUGGGCUGAGCCUAAUAUUUAGGCUUGGGAGGGAGUUACUUUAUUAAGAGAGGUUCGUUAUGACUGUGGCUGUGGGGGGAGCUCC